CAGCCAUGACUCUCGUAGUUGAACCGAUCCCACCGAAAGCCGUAGACGUCGAUUGGAGUGUGUUGUUGACCGGCCUUGAGCUUAUCUAGAACGCGUUUCCAUGCUGGUGCAUUUAGACGCCGCAUUCAGAAGUCACGUAGUUCUUCUCAAAUCUUCGUUAUCGUUGGACGCGACUGCUCGAGAAGUCAAGGUGUGUUCACGUUUACACCAUCGUUCCCAGUCGAGGAAGUAAAAAACAGAAAAAAAAAAAAAUUAGUGGACCGAUUAGUGAAUCUUCAUCAGGUGAUAAGUGAGAGCUCGUCGUCAGAUGUACGAACCAAAAGGAAACACCGGCGAGGAGCCAAUCACUCCACCACCCUCGUACUCCACCGUUGUGAACGAACGGUCACACCAAUGCAGUUUCGUAACCCACCAGCCUCCAGCUUCUGCACCCUAUCCAGUGACGCCGAAUCACGCAGAGACAUUUCACCGGAUGCCAAUGCCGAUGCCGAUGCCGAUGCCGAUGCCGAUGUCGAUGCCGAUGCCAAUGCCCAUGCCUGCUUCCAUGCCGAUGCCCAUGCCGGCGUCACGAGUCAUCUACGAGUCGCACUUCGACGAACCCAGGGAAAGCACAUCGACCAGCUAUGGGAUUGCCGAAACGUUCAGGACCACUGACCACGAUCAUAAUUACUCCGGGAGUGAUCACAACCGUGCAGUGGCUACUCACGUGUCACAUGUCAGUUUUGGGUCGUCCGCGAGGGAUCAAACUAUCCAUGUUUUCCCAGAGGAGCAGAAAACCUCGGACUUCAAACCAGCAUGUAAAUUACCGAUUCUCAUCAUAUGCUCAUUGGUUUCGUACACCUGAAGAAGGUAUACAUGAAAUUCGUACUUAUUCGUUGAAAAAUUUUCUUCCAGUAUGCUGUGCCUUCGCGAUUGGCUUAGUCCUGUGUGGAAUCCUGAUUGCCAUAUCAACCAUGAUAAGGAGAUUUCACUAAUACCGUCUUCAGGUAUGGGCUACUGGAGCUAUAGCCAGUGGGUGGUCGGAUUUGGGAGGUGCUUGACAGUUUUUCUG